GCCUAGAUACUGCCUCUCUAUGGUCGGAUUGGCACCGUCUAGCCUUUCCAUAGCCUCACUAUGGUAUAUGGUCCCUCUAGUCUACUAUUUAUGGUUUCGGGGGUGUUCUAUCUGUCAUGCACCCUCUCUGGUGUGUCCCAUCUAGCCUUCACACUGCCUCUCUAUGGGCUCGUUUGCCUCCCUCUAGGCCUCACUUUCCUUCUCCAUGGUUUCUGCGGGGCCCCUCUACCCCUGACGUUUCCUCUCUGUGGUCUCUCGCGUGGUGCCGUCUGGGAGCCGGGACGCGGGAGCGAGAUGUGGCGGCUGCCAGGGCUGCUGAGCCGAGCCCUUCAUCGCCUCCAUGUGCUGAAUGCUUCAAGCUCUAUCCAUGGGAUCCCAACCCUCCCCACCAAUGAGGAGUUCCGGAACGCCACCUCAGCAAUCAGUGUUGGACAGACUCCAUCUGAACAGAGUUAUUUUCUCUCACCCGGCUGGCAGAGCAGAUGGGGUCGAGAUGGCUGGGAGCAAGGGAAUGCGCAGAGACCCUUCUUGAACUUGCAGCCUCACUACACAGUCCUCGAUGCCUUCACCUGGGGUGCACUAGCUGUGCUUGUUCUGCAGUUGGCCAGGCAGAUCCCAUGGCUGAGCCCCGUGCCAGGGGCAGGAAGAGAGGACGGGCAUCCCCGAGUGGGCGGGUUCCUCUCUUCUCUGCUGCCUCAUCAGCACUCAGUGCCAGCUGCAGGCUCAUCCAGUUGCCACAGUAACCAGAAGGUGCCCUGCUUCCUGCUGGAAGGGAUUCCAGAUGCUGCACCAGAGAAUCCAUCCUCUGGCAUCCCCUCAGGGCAAGGAAAGCACCAGCUCUGCCCAGAAACAGAGGAGCAUUCAUUCCCUGAGAGCUGCAGCACCAGCCUGGGGCCAGCCCACUGCAGUGUACAGGGGCUGUCAUUUUCCACUCUACAGGGGAAGCCAGCACAGCAGGAACGCCUGGAGGAAGCAGCUACCCAGCUGCAGCAGGUGUUCCGGGUCAGCGUUUCCAUUGCGCUCAAUAUCCUUGGGAUUGAGAAAGUGAGUGAUGGCCACUACAGGGCAGCCUAUUCCUGCUUCAGGCUGGCAGCAGAUCGGGGCUACAGCAAAGCCCAGUUUAACGUGGGCCUGUGUUAUGAGCAUGGCAGAGGCACGGAGAAAGACCUGGCAAAGGCAGCUCUCUAUUACCAUCGUGCAGCCAGCAAUGGGCACCUCAUGGCCCAGUACCGCUAUGCCAGGUUCCUUUUACGCCAUGGGCUCAAAGCUGAAAGGGCUGACAUGCAGAAGGCUGUGACUCUGCUAGAGCAGGCAGCAGCAGCAGGGCUAGUGGAGAGACCCAGGUUUAUCCUCUCGGGACAACCUCUUCCCCUUCCAUGGGCUGUGCAGCAGGGAGGAUGUUCUUCCCUCCAGUCUGCUGGUGAACAUCUUGCCUGUGGCACUGGAGACCAUGGUUUGACACCCCACAGGGAUGAUUUGUGCUGUGUGGUUUUGCUGCAGGCACAGGCCUACCUUGGGGUGCUCUACAUGAAGGGGCUGCAGUCUGCAAAGCAGAGGGCUCUGAAAUACCUGUGGCUGGCGGCCAAGAAUGGGGAUUCCCAAAGCAGGUAUCAUGUUGGUGUUUGCUAUGAGAAGGGCCUUGGAGUACAACAGAACUUCACAGAAGCAAUGGAGCAUUACCAGCACUCGGCUGCUGCAGGAAACAGACAUGCUCAGGAGAGAGUGCAAGUUGUUGAGCAGGAGAUGGCAGUCGCAGAGAGCAGCCAUCCAGCUCCUUCUGGAAUGAGAGCGUUCUCCUCCAGCCCCUGCCUCUGGGUCCUGGAGCAACUAGCAGAGCAGCGCCAGGCCCCUCCAAUGGGAUGUCGUGCUUUACCCCUGCCCCACGCCUGGAGCACAGGCAGUCUGGCGGGGGCUGACGUCAGCUGACUGAGAUGGAAUCCAGCCCCAGAACACACGGCAAGUCUAUCGGAUUCUUCCUGCCUGGAGCCACAGCCAGUGCCCUAUUCUCAGGGGAUAGCACUUGGCUAGUAGGUACAAAUGGAAUCAAUCCCUUCCUGUGGAAAUCAUGCCCAAGAGGAGCAGUAUCGUCCUCCCGUAACUCCACCAGCCCUUGGGGAGAGGCAGCAGUGUGGAGGGGGCGGGGUGAUGGCGUAUGGGGGUAGGCGAUGGUGUUUGGAGAGGAGGGGGCAGUGCAAGUUCUCUAAUGGAACAGGAAUGAUACAGGUGCUUCCAGAGCAGUCUCCCUGUGCCCUAUUGAUACUACUCUGCACUACCUGGCCUAAUUUCACACUGCCCCAGCCAACCCCGGGCCCCAGCUCCUCCACUCUGCCUUGGCCCAGGGGCCUAACCAUAUGCAUUCACACAGCCCAACCCAGCUCAGCCCCCAUGCUUUGUGAACUGGACCAGCGCCUCACUGUCUCUGCUGGCCUGAAGGCCUUGCUGGAGGCUCUUCCUCUGAACACCAAUGCUCUGCUCCACGUAGGAGCUGCACUUGGCUCUUUGGUCCAUCCCCUACCUGUACUGUCUGGCACCAUGUCAUGACUUGCCACCAGGGCUGCAGGUCACAUAGUGGCUCUGCACACACAAGUUGCAGCAGUUUAAUUAAAUCAGUUAAAAGCUGAUUAAGUCAAACAGAUGCUUAUCUCUGCCUGCACCUGGACAUGUACCCGCACAAGCUAAAACCGAUACAAGCAGGGUUUAAUCUGUGUUAAGAGUAUCUACACACAAAUUGCACUGUUUUAAUUCAGUAGCAAAUUCUCCCUGUAGUCAAACUGGUGCAUCUGUGCGUGUAGACCUGGCCUCACAACAGCAGCUGUCCCCUGGCACCUGUUCUCAAUUCCAGCCUCCAUUCUGCAACUGUAGGGUAUAGGCUCCCCCUCUGUUCCCAGAGCCUGUGGCCUUGCAUUCAAGGCCACUCAGUUUACUUGCUCUUCCUUUGUGAGGCAGGAUGCAACUGGCAGGAAAUCCCUCCAACGGAUUUCCCUACUCUCAUAAUAACCAGGGCUGCUCCUGAGCAUCAUCUCCCUGCUGUGGGCGGGGGGAGGAAGCGGGAGCUGCACCCACCCCCUUCCUUUGUUAUAGAACUCACCGUGCAGCGGGGAGGAAUGAAGCAUAGCAAGGCUAAGCUAGGGGAAUGGAAUUAAUCCCCUCUUUAAUUCACUAGUUUAUUGUCGUCUACAAAUAAAUCCAGUGGCUACAUGCAAA